AUGACCUCGACUCUACACAGAUCUCUCAGUGCUCCUCUCCUCAUCACUCUGUACAUUAUAUCUUACACCAGUCAUGUGAAUGGAUUCACAUUUGGCGAGUGCAAUUUACACAAGCCAGUGGGAAACCAUACACGUUUUUUGUGCAUCAAAAAACACCUCCAGAAAGUUCCACAAAACCUUCCUGUUACUCUAACCACCAUAGACAUUUCUUUCAAUAAGAUUACUGCCAUAAAGAUACAUAAUUUUCAAAAUCUUGUACAUUUAGAGAUAUUAAACAUCUCACACAAUAACAUUUCUUGUGUGGAGAGAGGUGCUUUCAGAAGCUUGCUUUCCUUAACACAGUUGAACCUAAACGGGAACCAUUUGAUCAAAAUCACAAAUGAAUUGUUCAGUGGCCUGACUAAUCUAAAAGUGAUUCUCAUGGAAUUCAAUAACAUUUCCACCAUAGCUCCGUCAGCAUUUUCAAUAUUUUCCAAGCUGGAGUGUGUGAAACUGUCAGGCAAUAACCUGAGAAACAUAACAAAUCUGCAACCCAUAUUCCAGAGAGAAACUCUGAAAGAACUUCACAUUGCACACAACAAUAUUGCACAUUUUCAGUCGACGGAUAUUUCAAAUUCAUCCCUCCAUCUUCAAAUACUGAAUUUAUCAUCCAAUCCAAUCAGCAUUUUCAGGAUUACGACUAAUAUUUUCCCCAACCUCACAGCCAUUGAUUUGUCUUUCUGCUUUUCAGUUCCGAAUUUGGAAUGGAAGGUGCAGAGCACAGAUUUUUUUAGGAAUGUGUGGAGACUUGAUUUGUCUGGCAUUAAUAUUCCAUCUAUGGAUUUUAUUCUGCAAACAUUUGAUAAGUCCCUUUCCCAGCUAAACUUGCGCAAUGUCACUGAUCUAAAGGCUAUUCUCAAAAAAGCUUGUCUGAUUCCGACACUUACAGAAUUGACACUAUGUGAUAACGGUAUCACAAACAUUACCGGAGUAGGAAACAACUUCAUUUUCGAGAUCAAUAGCUGUGUUUGUCAAAACCUCAGAAAUCUCACAGAGCUCAACUUGGGGUCAAAUUAUAUUGGAAUUUUGAGAGGCGCUUUCAAAAAUGGUCCACCGAAGUUGGAAUAUUUGAAUAUAGGCGGAAACUCUUUGCACUCUAUCAAAACUGAUGACUUUAGAGGUUUAACAUCACUCACUCAUUUAGUUUUACAUGACAAUAAAAUUGACUCGAUUGAAGCAGGAGCAUUUGAUUCACUAACUAGCUUGAAGACCCUUGACUUGCAAACAAAUAAAAUUACAGAUAAAUACCUCACCCCAGCUAUAUUUUCAGGCCUACCAAAUCUAAGCAAACUGCUUUUGCACGAUAAUCACCUUUUCAGAACAAAGCGGUAUAAAACACCACCUUUCUGUCAUUUGAAGUCUCUUGAAGUGCUUACAGUCUUUUCUCAGACACAUUCUCAAAUUAGUACUUAUUUACCUGUAAAUCUGCUGUGGAAUUUGACAAAACUAUCAGGUUUCUGGGCACAAAAUGUCGGAAUUCAGUCUUUAGAUGUUAAUCUCUUCACAAACAACGCUCAGCUCACUGCACUUGCCCUUAGUCAAAAUCACUUUGUAUUUCUUUCUCCUGAUACAUUCUUGCCUCUGCGAAAUCUCACAAAACUGCAUUUAAGAAACUCCAACCUAAAGACUUUAGAUUUUGCUUUACAAGCACAACUACAAAACCUACGAUAUUUGCAGAUCAGUUUUAACCAAAUAAGCUCCUUCAAUUACACAAUUAUACAGGCCCUUCCAGCAUUGCAGCUUCUUGACAUGAGAGGGAAUACAUUCACCUGUGACUGUUCAAAUGAAGGGUUCAUCAAAUGGGUAAAGAUGAACAAUCACACGCAAGUAUUGGCAGCUAAUGCAUUUAGGUGCAAUAGCCCACCAAAUUUGAUAGGAACUGAGCUUCUAAAGUUAGACGUGCAUUCUUGCUCGGUUGACUUUGGGUUUUAUUGUUAUAUUUCCAGCACUUCUGUGGUGCUCCUGACUAUGGUCACGUCCCUCCUCUAUCACUUCCUACGCUGGAAAAUAGUUUAUGCGUAUUAUUUGUUCUUGGCGUUUCUCUAUGACAAAAAGAAAAAGGAACCGGAAAAGACAACCAGGUUCCAAUAUGAUGCUUUUCUUUCCUACAACCUCCACGACGAACACUGGGUCACUGGCACGUUGCUUCCCAAGCUAGAAGGGGAACAGGGAUGGAGACUGUGUUUGCACCAUCGGGAUUUCCAACCAGGAAAAUUCAUCGUGGACAACAUCAUAGACGGCAUCUACGGCAGCCGCAAGACCAUCUGUGUCAUCAGCCAGCACUACCUGGAGAGCGAGUGGUGCUCCAGGGAAGUUCAGGUGGCCAGCUUCCGGCUGUUUGACGAGAAGAAGGACGUUCUGGUUCUGGUGUUCCUGGAGGACAUUCCGGAAUACCGGCUGUCAGCACACUACAGGAUCAGGAGCCUGCUGAGGAAGCGGACGUACCUCCGCUGGCCCAAAGCCGGAGAGGACCCACGGGUCUUCUGGGAGAAACUAAGGCUCGCCCUGGGCACCACACAGGACUCUUGAGUAGGAGAAUCAUCUCAGUGGUGUCCAGAAUUUCCUCUAAAGCUUGUUGUUUAUGUUUUGUUGUCAUUGAUUCUUUCAAGAGAUUGUUUGUGGUGUGUACAGUAUGUUAAGUUUGGCUUAAUCACAUUAACCCUUUAUUUUUCUCACAAAUUGAAAAAUGCACAGGAUCAGUCUUAUACAUUUAAUAUAUUCUGUAUCUUCCUUUAAA